AUGAGGCAAAGCAAGGAAGAGUUUGAUAGCCUUUCUAAAAGUGAGAUGAAAGAAUUGGAAGAUGUACUACGAAGCAGUGAAGAGGAAAGAAGACGGCUAGAAAUGGAACGUGGGAAGGAAGAAGAACUGUUCAGUCGUGCUUUAGCUGUGACGAACGAGAGCGAAAAGACAGAUCAGAAACGAGAAGGUUUAACUGCCACAUCAUCGUCGCGCACUGAAGCGACACCUUUGGUCACCAAAAAUGCAGAACUAAAAGCUACAUCCGAAGGAGCGGCAUCAAAGUCAUCAAACACCGUAGAAGGUUCUGAGACGGUUGGGUCCGCGGGAAGCGCUGAUUCGAAACCAUCCAGAGCAGCUACAGCGAAGAAAGAUCGACGCGAAAGCACAGGAGAGCGACCUCCGACAAUGAACACCUUAGCUCCUUCCGAAAGAGAUCGACGUGCAAGCGUAGGUGACAAAAGUCCAACGACAAAGACGUCAGCACCACCUGAGAAGACACCGCCAAGAACCAGGGGCAAUGGACGUCCACCUACAGCAAAGCGAGGAAACACUCCAAGUGGUGGUGUUGGUGAAAGAGCUGCGUUGAAAAGUGUGAAGGAUAGGCGUCCCUCAGCAAUGAGUUUUAGCCGUCUACAGAAGCUCGGAAGCCGAAAGAGGACGAUCUCGUCAAUACGAGCGCUAGAGCGAAAACUGAAGCAGAGCUGGAAGAAGGAGGGAAUUCUCGCCCUGCUUCGAGAACCAAAUCGUCUGAACUCUGCCACUAUUCGUAGCCGUGAAGAAUACCUUCGAAUGCAACGGGAUCGCCUUCUCGCUAUGAAAGCCAACGAACGCGAGAAGCAGAUGAACUUUUAUCAACGUGCAGCUCAAGAGCGACCUCGUACCGCCCGAGCCGCAAGAGGUCUGAUGCGAGGAAGUCGAGGCGGAAUUGGCACAGACGACGUUCUGGCUGCCCGUCGUGCAAUCGUUGAUCAGCUAAAAACGGAGAUCGAAGAGUCAUCGACUUCGUGA